UCUCCCUGCACACGUUCUCGCAGCUCGCGAGGCAGGCACAGGCAUAGCCGCCGACGAAGUCUGCAUCCCGUAGAUUUUGUCUCCUUGGCACGGCCAAUCGGACAAGACAGGCUGGAGCGGCUAGCGUAACACUUUCUUCACAGGACGGCCCUUCACGGAUACAGUACGCUGUACUGUCUGACUUUGGACAAGUCCCUGCCAUAGGAUGAACGCGGACUUGCAGCAGCAGCCUGCCGAAGGGGCGGUGGCAGGACCCCCCUCGUCAACGGCGCCGCCGGCCGCAUCGGUCGGCUUCAGCUAUGACGAGGUGUUCCCCGCGCUACCAGAGAAGGAGGCGCCCGUGGAGGCAGGCAGCGCAACCGGGAGCGUUGGGGGUGGCGGCGGAGGUGGCGCCCUGGGCCAGUGGAACCACAAGAUGCACGUCAAGUCUUCCGUCAUCACCCAGAUCUUCCAUGUGCCGAGCGAGGAGCGCCGUUUUCGGGAGACUAGCUCGCAGCGGUUUGGAGAGCUGGGGGAACAGGCCAAGAUCUGUGCGGACAUCAUGCGCGACACCCAGACCACCAUCGAAGUGAGCUCCUCCCGCGACCACUCGCUCACCGUGCUGGUGACGGGACGGGAGCGCAACGUGGCCCUUGCGCGAGCACAUGUGCUCCGCGCCCUCCAGACGCAAGCCCAGGGCACCAUCCAGAUUCCCAAGGAACAUCACCGCUUCAUCCUUGGCAAAAACGGCAAGAAGUUGGCUGAAUUGGAACAGAACACCGCCACCAAGAUCACCGUACCGAGGACGGAUGACAACUCCGACGUCAUCACGAUCAGUGGCACCAAGGAAGCCAUCGACCGGGCACGCGAUCACAUACAGAAGAUCUCUGAGGAAAAGUCAAAACACGGUGUGGAGGAGCUGAAGAUCCCCCGCAUGUACCACCCAUUCAUUGCUGGUCCAUACAACAACAGCGUGAAAGCUCUGGAGCAGGAAACUGGCACUCGCAUCCGUCUCGAUCGGGAGGAGGACAAGGUGACCAUCACGGGUGACAAGGAGAAUGUGGCCAAGGCCAAGGAUGCGCUCAUGGCCACCUACGAGGACCGAAAGCUGCACUGCCAGAGUGUUGGUGUUGAGGUCAAAAAGUCGCAGCACAAGUACGUCCACGGCUACAGGGGCCAGACUCUGCAGGAGCUUUUUGAGCAGACGGGUGUGUGGGUGGAGGUGCCGCCCAUGGAGAGCGAUGUGGAGACCAUCACCCUGCGGGGCAACCCCCAGGACCUGGGUCACGCCCUCUCGCUCGUCUACGAGAAGGCCAACAGCGUGCUGACGGCCGAGGUGCCUGCCAAGAGCUGGAUGCACAAGUACAUAAUUGGCAAGAAGGGUGAGAACAUCAAGCGCAUCACGGCCGACUACCACAAGACUCACGUGGACUUCUGCGAGGAUGAGAACAUGAUACGCAUCGAGGGCCCCAAGGAGGAGCUUGAGGCUGUCAAGACGGCACUGGAGGAGAAGGUGCGAGAGAUCCAGUCCACCAUGGACUCUGUCGAGAUAAAGGUUGAUCCGCAGUACCACAGGCACAUCAUUGGAAAGGCUGGCUCGAAUGUGAACAGGUUGAAGCAAGAUCUCGGCGUGACUGUGCAUGUGCCGGCAGAUGAGGAGAGGUCACCAGUUGUGAGGUUGGAGGGCCCACCCGAAGGGGUGGCCCAGGCGAAGACUGAGCUGCUCGAGAUGGCUCACAAGCUUCAAAACGAGGUGACGCGUGAACUGUGCGUGGAGCAGCGCUUCCAUCGGACGCUCAUCGGAGCCAAGGGAGAGGCGAUCCAGGAUGUUCGCAGGCGUUUCAACCAGGUGAACGUUACAUUUCCGGAGCCUGGAUCGCGCAACGACAAAGUCCUCAUCCGGGGUCCAAAGGAGGACGUGGAUGCAUGCUACCGGCAUAUGAGCCAGAUCUGCCAGGAGCUGCAGGCUUCCAGUCAUCGUGUGGACCUGGUGCUCUUCAAGCAGUUCCUCAAGCAUCUUCAGGGCAAGGGCCGGUCUCUGGUCCGGCGCAUCCAGCAGGAGACUGAGGCACGGAUCGACCUGCCGCUCGAGUCCAGCAACUCGGACGUUGUCAUGAUCACCGGCAAGAAGGAGAACGUGGCCGCUGCCAAGGAUAAGCUGCUGGAGGCCCAGCGCGAGCAGGCCGACGUCGUCGAGGUGCACCUGAUGAUCCCCUGCAACCUGCACAAUGCCAUUAUCGGAGCCAAGGGGCGCCUCAUUCACUCCAUCAUGGAGGACUGUGGUCGCGUCCAGAUUACCUUCCCCCAGCAGGACUCCAAGAGCGACCGUGUCACCCUCAGCGGACCCAAGGAGGACGUCGACAAGGCUAAGAAGCAGCUGCUCAACCUGUCCAACGAAAAGCAAUUGUCCAGUUACACAGAGGAAGUCCGUGCGCAGCCUAAACACCAUCGUUUCUUGAUUGGCAAAAAUGGCUCCAACAUUCGUAAGGUGAGGGAGAAGACGGGUGCAAGGAUCAUCUUCCCAACAGAUCGCGACGAGAACCAGGACACCAUAGUCAUCAUUGGCAAGAAGGAGGCUGUGCUGGAUGCCAAGAAGCAGCUGGAAGAAAUGAUAGAAAGCCUGGAGAAAGUUGUGGAGGAAGAGAUGCGCAUCGACCCCAAGUACCACCGCCACUUCGUGGCGCGGCGUGGCGAGGAGCUGCAGCACAUUGCCAACGAGUUUGGCGGGGUGCAGGUGAGCUUCCCGCGCAGCGGCGACCACAGUGACGUGGUCACUCUCAAGGGGGCCAAGGAGUGCGUCGAGGGGGCCCGCAAGCGCAUCCUCGAGAUAGUUCAGGACCUGGAGGCCCGUGUCACCAUUGAGUGCGUCAUACCGCAGCAGCACCACCGCACCAUCAUGGGCGCCAAAGGCCACAAGGUACAGCGCAUCAACCAGGAGUUCAAUGUGCACAUCAAGUUUCCCGAACGCGACUUCCGUGAGAGGGAGACGCUUGAGAACGGAGAUGUGGCGGUGAAUGGCGAUGUGGCCACCGAGGAAGAGCCGAGCAAGCCGCGCAAGGAGGACUUGAUCUUCAUCACGGGCAAGCAGGAGGACUGUGAGAAGGCGCGCGAAGCCCUGCUGGCUCUGGUGCCGGUUUCGCUAGAGGUGGAGGUUCCGUUCAAGCUUCACCGCUUCAUCAUUGGCCAGAAGGGGGCCGGGGUGCGACGGCUCAUGGAGGACCACGACGUGAACAUCACGGUGCCCCCACAGGCCGACGAGAGCGACACCCUGGUGAUCUCUGGCCUGGCCGACAACGUGGCCUCGGCCAAGGAGGCCCUGCUCGAGCGCGUCAGCCAGAUCCUCGAAGAGGAAGAAGACAGGAAGGCACGCAGCUUCCACCUGGACGUUGAGGUGGAUUCCAAGUACCACCCGAAGAUCAUUGGCUGGCGGGGCGCCGUCGUGACCAAGAUUCGCAAGGACCACAAUGUACAAGUGCAGUUUCCUGAGAAGGGCGAAAACAUGAUCACCAUCAUCGGCUAUGAGAAGAACGCUUGCAGUGCGCGUGAUGAGAUCCUGCGCAUUGUCAAGGAAUGGGAGGACAUGGUGACAAAGGAGAUAGAGAUUGAUCACCGGGUGCACUCCCGGCUGAUUGGGGCCAAGGGGCGCAACAUCCGGCGCCUGAUGGAGCAGCACAAGGUGGAGAUAAAGUUUCCGCGUCCCGAGGACCCCAACAAAGACCUGGUGCAGGUCACUGGUGCAGAGGAAGACGUUGAGGAUGCCCUCGACUACUUGAAGCAGUUCGAGGAUGAACACCUGGAAGACAUCAUGGACCAAGAGAGCUACCAACCUGCGUCCCGCCAAGGUCAGAACAGCGGCGGUGGCAGCGGGAACAACGCUCAGGGAUGGACCGAGCAGUCCCCUUCGAGCGAGGGAUUCGUUGUGCGCGGUGGGCCGUGGGAGCAGCGAGCGCCCGACACCACGAGCACGCAGGAGUUCCCCUCGUUCGGCGGUGGACCGCCCAUCGACUCUGUACCGGCCAAGCCUGUGCCUUGGGGGCCCUCGCGCCGCUAGGCUCUGGCAGAGCCUCUUGUGCUCCAUGAGCUUUCUCCCCCCCCCCCCCCUGUUCGUGGCAUCCCCCCCCCCCCCUCUAUUGGGAGUGAAACUCCUCCGCUCGACUUCCUUCCCCUCGUUCUCCCUUUUCUCGUUUCCACGACACUGGCCCCUUUAUCAACUCCAUUGCUUUUUUUUUUCCUUGCAACACUUGUUUCCAUUCACCACUGAAGGGGACAUAGCAAAAACAAAAGAAUUUGGGUCUUCCGUUUCCGCAAUAUGGUUCUGCCGUUGAAAAAAAAAAAAAAAAAACCUGCACACACGGUGCGCCGCGAGAGCUGCACCGGACCAGAAGUGUGUGAAAGAACUGUCUUUCCAAUGAAAUUUUGUCCUCCCUCAUUUUUUUUUUUUUUUCGUUGUGAAGUCAUUCCUAUCCACUUACCAUUGUAUCCAGGUCCUCUUUCUCUCCCUCCCUCUUUCUUUUUUCUCAUCUGUUGGCUGCAUUGCAGUGAGUGCCUACAAUCUGCCCUUCCAAACAGCGGUCAUACUGCAUGGACUGAAAGCAGUUCUCUCGUAGCUUUCAUGAAGUCUUUCCUCUCUUUGUUUUUUUUGUGUGUGUGUGUUGCAAUGUAAUGUAAUGUGUGCCUGAACUGUGAUUGUGUGCAUGACAGGCUUUUUAAUUUUUUUUUUCUCUCCUACGCACUCGUGGUGAAAAGGUAGCUACUACAUGGCAAAGUUUGCAGCGAUGAAUGAAAUGGCAGGUAGCUUAUAUUUUGCCUGACCUUGCCCCCCCCCUUUCCCUCUUUUUAUAAAAAUGUACUUGCCAAGUCAGCCUUUAAAAAAUUUGCUUUCUUAGUACGUCAUUGGUUCGCAAGCCACCCUUUUGUCAUAUGCCGCCAGUAUGUCUUUGCUGGAACUUCUGCUUAAAGGAAACGGCUUCGUCACGCUAACUCAUUGUUCUCGGUUCUUUUAUUGUUGACUUCAACUCGGACACUAUUAUGCAUUUUUGUGCUUUUGAGACUGUUUUUGGGGAGGGUGAGGUUGUUGAUUAAACCUGAACGGCUGCUACAGCUGUUAGUUUGCUGCUGUUAUGGAACUGUUAAGUCUUAUCACUGCAGGCCGACAAGUCCUUUCUUUUGUUGCAAAAGAGUGUGCCGUUCACAUGUUGUCUACACGAAUGGUUGCAAGUGCGACAGGAGCAGUCUUCUUGUGUUGCUUGUCUACACUUAACCAAUGUGAAGUUUUUCUUUCUUGAGAAACUGACCAACCAUGUUUGUGCUUCCGGUACUGACACUUUCUUUUCCUCAAGAAAUUGCAUCUCUGUACAGGUGCUUUUUCAAGUCGCCGGACAAAACAAAAGAUCAACGUUUCUGGGGCACUGAGGUGUGGUGGGGGAUGGAAUUUAUCUUCAGUAAAUGUAUGCUUAUGAAGAAGUACUUCUGUGCUUCUGUUUUAACUGGCCUUCUCACAUAGAGCUACUUUUUUGUAUUGUUUCCCUGCCAUCUGUAUUAAAAAAUUGUGCUACAUCUUGCACACAUCAGUUGGAAUUCAACUGGUAGCACUCCAAGUUCAACUUCAUGAAAAAAAAAUCUAGAUCUACUUUCUUGACUGCUGCAAAGUUUGUUGUGUAGGUGUUUGCAAUUUUCAGAAAAUGUGACAAAAAAGUUUGGUCUAAAGUAUCUGUCCCUCCGCUCCUUCUGCCCCACAAUUAUUUUUGUCAAAUGUGUUGUCUUUUUUGUUGUGAUGCAGCUGCUGUUCAAUGAAUUUCACAAGGGUGUUUUUUUUUUUCACUCUUAGUAGAGUGUAUAACUACAGUUAGAUGGUUUAAGUGUUGCUUUGUGCUGUAUGCUGGAAAUCGGCGUGUACAAAAAAAGCUGCUUUCAGCAAAAGUUGUCUAAGCCUUCCACAGGUACAGGUACUUGCGUACCACUAAAAUCUGUAGUAGACACUUCUUGAAUUGAGUCACUUCUUUUUUUUUUUUUUUUGUAUGGUGUGAGUGUCCUUGGCAAACAAAGCACAAGUUGUGUACGGCAAUGCUCAAGUUUUUCUGGGUGCAAAUGAGAGAACCUAAACUCCGACGCUCCCUAAAAACCCUGUAUUUUUUGUGCAGUCUUUGUUUUACCGCUGUACACAAGAAAAAGCCUGAUAGAACUUUUUUUUGCUAUGUGCAUUCUGUAAGGAGCCCUCACCUUGUCAACGUUGUUGGUUGGUACAGCAAAAUUUUUUGCUUGUUCACAUGAGUGUGUUCGAGUACUCGCCACUUAAUUUUUUUUUUUACUAGCUCCCAAGUUGUGUGCAAUGUUUGCAACUCUGAUCAAGUCUGUAACAAGCUGUGCUAGACAUGGCACAUAUUUGUUCUGCCCCCUCAUUCCCACCUGUCCCAUUCUUUUAAAACUCUUCGGCAAACCUUUGCAAGCAUUUUAGCAGAAAAAAAAAAAAAAACGAAAAGUGAGAUUAAGUGCGGCUGUCAGAAAACUCUCUCGGGGGCAGAGAACCACAAUGUCGCUGUGUGAAUGGUGGCGAAAGCAAGAAAGUUGUGGAACGUCCCUUGCGCCCCCCAAUGUGUGGUGGCUUGGGUUGAGGGUCCUAGUUGGGGGCAAGUUUCUAUGCAGUCUUUUGUGCCAGUCGUUGUAUAUUCUAAAAGAGGUAUAUUGAUCUAUAAAAGGGGAAUAAAAAACAUGUUACAAAA